GGGAGAGGUCAAAUCUCAAAAAUUUUGUUUUCAAAAUGUUCCUCGUCAUGUAAUCUAUUGGAAUAUAUGGGUCGUUUUCGUGUAGAAAGGGUGGCAGAUUUCGUUACUUAUCCGGCGUGGUCCUUUACUACACUAGAUCAGACUAAUCAAAAGUUAUAUCUUGUUCUUUAUAGAUUGUCUUUUAAAUAAUCUAAAACUAAGAAUACAAAAAAACUAAAAAUUAAAGUAAUAAAUUUACUUCUAAUUUGUACUUGAUGUCUCUGUGACUUUCUGUGAUAAACUGCAUACUUGCAUUAUCUUGUUGCUUAUAUAAUCAGUCAAUCAAAAUUCAGCCAUGCGUUGAACUUAAACUUGAAGCUGAUUUACCCUACAUACUGUACAUUAGACCACGGAAAAAAACGCUUUUGAUUUUCAUCAAUGAUUUCAUUUGUUUAUGGUGUAUUUAGAUAUGUUGAAGAACUGCUAAACUUCCAUAAAAUUAUACUAGAUCCAUUGCUUUUUUGCCGAUAAUCUUAUUUGUUAUAAUGUCUUAUUCAGUUUGAGAAGAUAGGUAUUUAGCAGAAUAUUUUAGACACUUAACAGCAGCGAAAUGUUAGAAAAAAGUGUAGCUUCCAGCUUGUAGCAUCUGAGAUUAAGUAAGCACGAAACAAAGUUAUUGUCUGAUAGAUUUGAUUGUAUGUCUAUUUUUCCAGGUAAAAGCUUUGAAAUAUUUUUUUUGCCUGGGUCAACGGUAAAUAAAAUUUUAGAAAAAUCUUGACAUUGUAAAUCUGUGCAAAAAACUAAUGAUGAUGAUAUUAAGUAUGACGAUGAAAGCAAAGAUGGCAGAAGUAGGAAAUUAGGUGGCGGGAUUGAAUAUAUUACGAUGAAAAAAAGAACAUCGACACAAUUAUCAAUGAAUAUUCAUUAUUUAAAAGAUUUGAGUCAAAAUCAUUAAGAAAAUAUUAAAAUUUAUUUUCUGAUUCGUCCAUUUUUCUACAUCAUGCUUUUAUACGUAUUUAUUUUCUUUUUUAACUGAUAUCAACUUCUGUUUAUAAUUAUCGUGCUAUUGACUUCUGAUAUUUGUGUUUGUAUAUUAUUGAAAAUUAUGAAAAUAUUUUUGUAAAUAUUAGUAAAGAUAAUAUUAGAAUUAGAUAUGAUUUGAAUAAAAAAGAAAAUACACUUUAGUUGCUUACAUGAAAAAGAUUGAAGAGAUAUUCGAGUUUUAGCUAAAUGUUGUCAUGCAUACCUAAUGGGAAUUGACUUUUAUGCUGUGCUUUCUCUUUGGGUUUACUCAUAUAACUUUUGUUUAUUUGUAGAUGUAUCGUCAAUUCUUUUCACAACUGUGCAAAGUGGCUCGUGCUCCGACAUCUGUUUAUAGUCCAAAACAGGUUUUAUCGCUUACUUCUUUUUUACGAUCGCAUCAUGAACAAGCGCAACAAACUCAAGAAUGUGGACAUAUUGUGUAUCCUCAACUAUUGAAACAAGCACCCGAUUUUAAAGGUCAGGCUGUUGUUGAUGGAAAUUUCAAAGAAAUUAAAUUACAAGAUUAUAAGGGAAAAUAUCUGGUCCUUUUUUUUUAUCCAUUGGAUUUUACGUUUGUCUGUCCAACAGAAUUGAUUGCAUUCAACGAGAAAUUAGAAGAAUUCCAUAAGAUUAAUACUGAAGUUGUUGGAUGUUCAACGGACAGUGUUCAUAGUCACUUAGCUUGGAUCAAUACUCCUCGUAAGCAAGGUGGCUUGGGCGGUUUGAAGUAUCCCCUGUUAUCUGAUUUUUCUAAAGACAUCACACGUCGUUACGGAAUAUUGAUUGAAGAUCAAGGUAUAGCUUUACGGGGUUUAUUUAUCAUUGAUUCAAAACAAGUUUUAAGACAAAUUACUGUCAACGAUUUGCCCGUUGGAAGAUCGGUAGAUGAAACUUUACGUUUAAUUCGAGCCUAUCAAUUUGUCGAAAAACAUGGAGAAGUAUGUCCAGCAAACUGGGACCAAACAAAAAAUCCACAAACAAUUAAACCAGAUCCAAUUAAAUCAAAAGAAUAUUUUCAAAAACAAGUUUAA